CCCGCUGGGACUUUAACAAUAAAAGUACAACUCUAGCUUGACUACGGAUUAUUUAAACCACAGACACAACAACUGACACCUCAUUUUCAUUUGAUGCUUUAUGUAUAUAUAUAUAUUUUGUAUUAUAGCUGUAUUUGUUUUCUUCCGUAGAGAGAACAACAUGCAUUACUGCGUCGCAGGAGGAUGAAUCUCAUGAGGGUGAAUGGUUAAUGGAUUUUUUCACCGAGUACACCCGAACGCACCUCGCUGGGACAAUUGUUUGGGCGGGAUAUAUGAAUUAUUGCCAACUCCCCACAAAAGAUGCUAGCUGUGAGUCAAAUUAAAGAGUUGAAACAAUGAAUCACACGGUGAACAUCAAAGAAUUGAUGAGCAAGCAACCAACAAUAAGCAGAAAUGCAUCUUCGUGUGGAAGCACCAAUUUCACAGAUUCUCAGUUUUUCUUUGGCUCUCAGUUUUGGCGAGACAAUUCCCAAGGCUUGUCUCAAGAAAUGAGUUUGUCCUCCAGGAACUCCCAACAAAGUUCACAAGAAGGAAGUGACCCAAAGAGUGUGACCAGUUAUAUUUCCAAACCUCUCCUAUUUGGAGACCCAAAGGACAAACACCAAGUGUUUGGACUUCUUGAUAAGUUUGAGGAGGAGAAGAAACAAGCUAAAGAAAAAGAUGACAGUAAUAUUCUUCUAAAAGAAUGUCUUCACAUUCGAGAAACACUCAACAAAAUCCAGCAACUAGUUGUUGGCAUUGAAGAAAAAUCAUCUGAAUGCCAAACGGUCCUCCAAAAGUUAAACACUCUGUCCUCAACAUUGCAAAAUAUAAGCAGCAUCCAGAGCGACAUUUCGCAACAGUUUGAGGCAUUGUUGAACAUAGUGAACUCUCAGAAGGAGAUGAUGACAGAACUAGGAGAGCGAGUGCAAAAGAAUGAAGUCGCCAGCAUAGAACGUGGAUCAAAUAUGCAAAGUGAUGUAGAGCAUUUGAGGAAGGAGUCGGAAAAAGCCAGUGUGAAUCAUGAAAGCAUGCUUGAGGAGGCCCUGCGUCUGCUCAAUGCAUUAGUUUCUGAGCAUUCAGCCAAGCUCUGUCCUGGAAAAGUGACUGACACAGCUAUGCAGACGUCACCAGGACAGGACGAAGGGGUCCAACUGACACCUAAUUCCCUUCCGUUGCACAACCAAGUUCCCGCUGUGGAUUUGGGAAUAAGGAAAUCCAGGUCAAGAGUUUUCCGAAGGCACAAAAAGAGACCUCUGGUGCUCCCCCAGAAAUCCAAUCUCACUGUCUCUGAUGAAAACAUUCAACCUCUCACCAACUGUAGAAAACAACAAAAUCCAUCGAAGCCUCUCUGUGACUCCUCUGUUGUGAACGAGGUAAGCAGUGGCAGUUUAUUUCAACCAAACACAGGUGCCAGAUCAACUGAAGCUGCUAGAUGUUUCAUCACACCUCUCAGCUGCUGGUCUCAGGAGAGUACCAGCUCUGACAGCGUCGAAGUAGUCAAUCCUAUCUUAAAGAAGGUGAUUACUGAGUCCAAUGCAGGAACCGCCAUGACUACUGAUGCUCUUUGGCAAUUGUUUGACAUGGGUUAUGACUAAGAACGUUUUUUUAAUAUAUAUAUAUAACAUGAUACAAAAGCUUGUAUUUUACCUCAUUGUAUUGGAGUUAUUAAGUUUAAGAAUAAUGUUGGUUGAAGAGGAAGCAAUGCAUGCAAGACAGAACUCUUGACAAACUGCUCCAGUUCAAAUUUAAUUUAAAGUGUUUGUGUCCAAUUUUGUAUUUGCGCAGUUGACUAGUGAGUUAAAAAAAAAAAUAAACCCUGUAUCGCAUUAAUUUAUUUUUACUGUUUCAGUAAGAAUGCAGACCUAAGAAGGACAUAUAUUUAAUUAAAGACGGCAUAACUUUAUACUUGAUAAACCGUGAUAAAUACAUGUCUUAAUUUUGAGAGAAGAAAAGGUGCCAUCAAUUGUUAUUGAAGAUAAGGUGCAUGUUUAAUACAAAAAUAGUUGCUAAAAAUAGCUAACAUAGCUAACAAUUAUUGUCCCUGUACUUAACGCCUGUCAAUGCAGCAUCAGAAAAUUGUUUUUACUGUCAGAAGUUUUUUAUACUGUAGAUGUUUGACAAAAAGAGAAAAAGCAGCAGAAAUACCUAAUUUGCAUAUGCUUAACACUAACAAACAUAAUUAAUUCACAGUAAAACAUUUUAGAGUAGUUAGAAAGUUUACAGAAAUAUACUGUAUCCACUGCAUCCAGAAAGUAAGUUCACAGCGCUUCACGUUUUCCACAUUUUAUGUUACAGCCUUGUUCUAAAAAUGGAAUUAAUGAUUUUGUCUUCAAAAUUCUACACACAAUACCCCAUAAUGACAAUGUUUUUUUUAAAAUAUGUACAUUUAUUAAAAAUAAAGUCAUAUGUACAUAAGUAUUUACAGCCUUUGCUUAGUACUUUAUUGAUGCACCUUUGGCAGAAAUUACAGCCUCAAGUCAUUUUUAAUACGAUGCCACAUGCUUGGCACACCUAUUUUGGGCAGUUUGGCACAUUCCUCUUUACAGCACCUGUCAAGCUCCAUCAGGUUGGAUAGGAAGCAUUGUUUUUCAUCCAGGAUGUCUCUGUCCAUUGCUGCAUUCAUCUUAGUCUAUAACCCGAUGGUCACUCUGUCAGAGCUACAGCAUUGUUUUGUGGAGAGAAGAGAACCUUCCAGAAGGACAACCCUCUCUGAAGACCUGUAUAUUAUAGUGGCCAGACGGAAGACAUUUUUUUGUAAAAGGUUUGCCUAAAUGCACCAGAAAGACUCAGACCAUGAGAAACAAAAUGUUUUGGUCUGAUGAGACUAAGAUUGAAUUCUUUGGUGUGAAUGGUAUGCGUCCUGUUUGGCGGAAACCAAGCACCGCUCAUCACCAGGCAAAUGGGGUAUUGU